AUGAAUUUGAUAAAUUUAAAGGGAAUUAGAAAUACAAAUGGACUAUAUGGGGUUGGCAGAUUAACUAGAUUUAAUUCUUCACUCGCUGCAGCCGCUGAGUCGCUCACAUCGGCUGCAACCAAAUCACAAGCAGCGACUGCUGAAUCUAAUUUGAAAAGAUUUUGGAAGAAUGCAUCAGUUAAGUGCGUAGAAGGAAGACAGAUUGUACACCUCGAUCAACGUAAAUUGAGAACACCUGCUGGAAAUGUAUUGGAUCUUCCACAGAACAAGGCAGCUUUAGCCCUUCUCAUUGCUCAUGAAUGGCAGUCUCAGGAUAAGCUGAUAAAGCCACACGCACUUCCAAUAACCUCACUCGCUUCAAGGGCUUUAGAUUCAUUUAAAUGUGAAAAUGAAAUGGAAAAUACGUGCAAUGACCUCAUUAAAUACUUUGAAACUGACGCAGUGUCUUUCUUCCAAGAUGAACCUGUUCAAUUGGUUCAAUUACAAGAGAAACACUGGAGACCUUUGAUUGAAUGGGCUAGUAAGCGUUAUAACACCCCUAUAAAGGUAUUUGAGAAUGUUAUUGUUUGCAAGCAGCCACAAGAAUCACGUCAACGUCUUCUCAAUGAGAUUAAACAGUUUGAUCAAUUCACUUUGGCAGCAUUUGAGAGAAUAGUUAUGCACACAAAGUCAUUCUUAAUUGGAUUGGCCGUCAUUGAUCGUCAUUUGAGCAUCGAUCAGGCUUCACAAGCAGCACACGUCGAAGUUAAAUCCCAAAUCGCUCGCUGGGGUGAAGUUGAAGAUUCUCACGACGUUGAUCACCAAGAUAUACGCAAACAAAUAGGAUCAGCAGCUUGUUCAUUGAUAGAAAGUAGACAUUAG